CUGAGCCGCAGCUUCCGGACAGCUGCGGCAACGGCGCGGCGCGAGGGCGCCCUGCGCACCCCACGACCUCCAACGAGCGGGCGCCCGGAGCAGGCAGUCCCGUCGGGGGAGGCGGUGGCCGCGCUCGAGCGCCCGGCACGCAUCGCUCCAUGCCGGUGUGGUGCUGCCGCUGCUCCCUGGCCGGUCAUUUCAGAAACUAUAGUGACACUGAAACCGAAGGAGAGAUUUUUAAUUCCUUAGUGCAAUAUUUUGGUGAUAGUUUGGGGCGAAAAGUUAAAGCAAUGCCAUUAGUUGAAGAAACGUCUUUACUUGAAGACUCAUCAUUGACUUUGCCUGUGGUAAUAAUAGGAAAUGGACCCUCAGGAAUAUGCCUUUCUUAUAUGUUAUCAGGCUACAGACCAUAUUUAUCAUCAGAAGCAAUACAUCCAAAUGCAAUCUUACAUAGUAAAUUAGAAGAAGCAAAACAUCUUUCCAUUGUUGAUCAGGACUUAGAAUAUUUAUCUGAGGGCCUUGAGGGCCGAUCAUCCAAUCCAGUUGCAGUACUUUUUGACACACUUGUUCAUCCAGAUGCUGACUUUGGAUAUGAUUAUCAAUCUGUUUUGCACUGGAAAUUAGAACAACAUCAUUAUAUUCCUCACUUAGUUCUUGGUAAAGGUCCACCUGGUGGGGCUUGGCAUAAUAUGGAAGGCUCCAUGCUGACAAUCAGCUUUGGAAAUUGGAUGGAGCUACCUGGACUUAAAUUUAAGGAUUGGGUAUCUAGUAAACGAAGGAACCUAAAGGGAGAUCGAGUUAUGCCAGAAGAAAUAGCACGCUACUAUAAACAUUAUGUCAAAAUCAUGGGUCUUCAGAAGAAUUUCCGAGAGAAUACUUACAUAACCUCGGUAUCAAGACUCUACAGAGAUCAUGAUGAUAAUGAUGAUCAAGACAGAGAUAUUUCAACAAAGAAAUUACAGAUAGAGAAGUCAAAAUUUAUCAAGAGAAAUUGGGAAAUCAGGGGAUAUCAGCGAGUAGCUGAUGGUUCUCAUGUACCCUUCUGUCUCUUUGCUGAGAAUGUAGCUCUGGCAACAGGAACGUUGGAUUCUCCUGCCCAUCUGGAAAUUGAAGGAGAAGAUUUUCCUUUUGUAUUUCAUUCAUUGCCUGAAUUUGGAGCUGCUAUAAGUAAAGGAAAGUUCCGUGGCAAAGUGGAUCCAGUGUUAAUUGUAGGUUCUGGGCUUACUGCAGCUGAUGCAGUACUAUGUGCUUACAACAAUAAUAUCCCUGUGAUCCAUGUAUUUCGCAGACGAGCAACUGACCCAAGCUUAAUUUUCAAACAGCUUCCCAAAAAGCUUUAUCCUGAAUACCAUAAAGUAUAUCAUAUGAUGUGUACUCAGUCUUAUUCUGUAAACUCAAAUCUUUUAUCUGAUUAUACCAGUUUUCCUGAGCACCAUGUGCUUUCCUUUAAGUCGGACAUGAAGUGCAUUCUUCAAAGCAUCUCUGGAUUGAAGAAAAUAUUUAAGCUCUCUGCAGCAGUAGUGUUGAUAGGUUCUCACCCUAAUCUGUCUUUUCUGAAGGAGCAAGGGUGUUACCUAGGCCGUAACUCAAGCCAGCUAAUCACAUGUAAGGGUAAUCCUGUGGAAAUAGAUGUAUAUACCUAUGAGUGUGUUAAAGAAGCCAACCUUUUUGCAUUGGGUCCAUUGGUUGGAGAUAAUUUUGUUCGGUUUUUAAAGGGAGGGGCCCUGGGUAUUACACACUGUUUAGCUUCAAGACAGAAGAAAAAGCAGCAUCUAUUUGUUGAAAGAGGAGGAGGAGAUGGGGUAGCUUAAAGCAAGUUUACAAGUAAUUUAUAUGGACAGUUUACCAUUAAAGAUUUUUAAAUAGUGGUUUUGCAAUGUACUGGCUUGAAUUUUCUGGACUUGAAUUAACUGGAGGAGAGCCUCAAGCUAUAGUAACUUCAUUUUAAAGUUACAAGAAUGUAGAUUUAUACUGUAACAUUAAAGGUGUCACUAUCAGACAAGUAGAAACACUGCCAAUUUGUCUGGUUAUACUUUAAACUCCCACUUAACUAAAACAUUAUUCUUUUUUCCCAAGACUUAACUUUUGUGAUCAGUUUUGGUUAUCUCUUAGGAUUGAUUUUGAAAUAUUACAGUCUUGAGUCUGUAAAACCACACAGUCAUUAGGCCAGAAAUUGUCCUCACUCUAUGAUAUUGGGUCACCUUGCUGCUCAGAGAGUGGCCCAGGGGCCAGAAGCAUCAGGCUCCACAACACCUCCUGAAUCCCAAGGGGUUUGUUUGCCCAUUUAAGUCCGAGACACACAGGUCUAAAAGAAAAUGUAUAUAAGGUCUGUAUACUUGGGUAGGGCAGGGUAAGAAGCAUUUAAAACUCAGGUUUUAUUUAUUUUGAAAUUAUCAAUUGUAUAAAUCUAAUUUAUUACCAGAUAUGAUAGUCUUUUAAGAGAAAUAAAGAUUUUUAUUGCUGACCUGCUCUUUUGAGCUCUGAAUGAGUUAAAUUGGAUGUUUUCUUAAUGUCAAUUCUAACUUGAAAAUAAUGUCUGUAAAGGGUGUUUUCUAGGGAAGCAUACGACCUGUUGACAUCUCCUUAUGUCCCAAAAGCCUGCUCUUCUUACCCAGCAGAUAGCAUUUUGUGGGCCCUAGGUCAACCGAGUGAGUAAUUUAGUCUUGAAUGACUUCUUAUUUCCCAAAGAUUCAUCAAACCCAGCUGUUAACAUUCAAGCCUUUUCUAUGCUGUGCCUAUACCCUUAUCAAUUGUAUAAAUCUAAUUUAUUACCAGAUAUGAUAGUCUUUUAAGAGAAAAGAUUUUUAUUGCUCAAACCUUGACAGGUACUUCAUUUCUUAUCUUCUCAUUAUUUUAAAAUUCUAAUAAUGCUGAAAUAUAUUUAGACACACCAGAACCAGCCAAGAUAUUUUACAGAGAUUUAUUCUCUGCUUUUAGCCAUCAUAACACUUAAUUCCUCUGAUUUGCAAUUCAAUAAAUUGCUGAUGGAACUACUUAUCCCUGUGUGAAUAUUGAGUUAAUUUCUAUAACUUAAACUAAGAUAUUUGGGCAUGGUAAAUACUUCUAAUAUCAUAUUGCUGUUUGGAUAUUGCUAGAAUUAUUACAGAUUAAAAUUGAAAAUAAGGGUAAAACCUUUUUUUCCUAUUCCCAAGGUGAUUAUUACUUUGAAAUUCUAACUUUGUAUUUGGUUGUUGGAGAUGACAUAGUAACUCAUGCUAUGGUUACUUAUUGAAUUUUAUCUACUCUUAAUAUCUUCAUUUGUAUUUAUUCAGGUGUGCUUAAUAUCUGUAUUUUCAUAUAAAGCCCCAGCAUUUUUAGUUAAACAAAAAUCUCUUAAGUUUUCCAUGGCAAGUUGAAUUUCUUGGUCUUCCUUUUCUUGGUAAAAUUUAUUUCAUCUGGAAUGUGUUCAUGGAAUCUGUAAUUUUUCUGUUUUUCCUAUAAUUAAAAAAGUGGACUAAAGUGUCAGUAUUUUUCUGUCCAUUUGUUUACAGUUAUAUGCUUAGUUUACUAGAGAUUCAUAAUUCACCUUAAAUUUAAUUGUUUAGAAUGUAUUUGCUUCUACCAACUAAAUGCUUCAAAUUCUUAGACUCUUGAUAACUGUCAUGUAUGAUUAAGUUUAACUUAAUUACAAACUAUGUAAUUCAGUUUUAAUUCUGUAUUAUAAUUUUUUAAAAACUUAUUUCACAUUUUAUUGAAAUGGCAUAAUAUCCUCUGUUUGCACUGGAUUCAAUACUCUUUUGCUUACCUGCUCUUUUGAGCCCUAAAUGAGUUAAAUUGGAUGUUUUCUUUAUGUCAAUUCUAUAUUGAAAAUAAUGUCUGUAAAGGGUGGUUUCUAGGGAAGCAUACGACCUGUUGACAUCUCCUUAUGUCCCAAAAGCCUGCUCUUCUUAUCCAGCAGAUAGCAUUUUGUGGGCCCUAGAAUAACCUAUUUCCCAAAUAUUCAUCAAACCCAGCUGUUAACAUUCAAGCCUUUUCUCUGCUGUGCCUAUACCCUUGUAUUCCAAAACUAUUGUUCCUUUAUUUCUGUACCAUAAUUCCAAAUCCUCUUUCCUUAUUCUUCAAUUUCAGUUCAGGAGGAGAAAAUCGUAAAUCAUUAAAUAUUUGAUUAACCAUAUCAUAAUGUGGGCAUCUUUUACCUUUUUUCCCACCUCAUCCCUCAAAGUCUAGCAUAGUAUCUGGACAAUGGUCCAUUCUUAAUAGUUGUUGAAAGAAUGUUUACAAAGCAGAAUCUGUUUGGGGUUUUAAUAAUGAUAUUACAAAAUAAACGUCACAGCUUUCAGUAUUUUA